AUGAGAGGACUUCCAAUCGACAAACCAACCAAUCCAAGCAAGCGGAAACUUGGAACCAUUGCAAUUGCCAUUGCGGCAAUUGGGUCCAUGGCUCUCAUCAUGGAUCUUCUUUUGACUGGAUAUCUGAAGAUGUACUUCACCAAUGAUAAACCUGAGGGGGUAUGUCCAAUCUGGGAUAUUCAAAGACCAAAAUCGUUCAUAGAAAAUAACGGAUCGGUUGUUCGUGAAAUCCUAUUUGACGAGAAGUUCCGUAAUGGCUCUGCCGCAAAGCUUUCGGGUAUGGUCCAGAUCGAUACCCAAAUGCGCGACAAUCCUCCAACGGUCGAGGAUGACCCAGAGUAUUGGUCCAGAUUCAAGAAACUCCACCUGUAUUUGGAAACCACUUUUCCAGAAGUUUAUGAAACCGCAGAUGUCGUAAAAAUCAAUACCUAUGGUUUGGUUUUCACCUGGAAGGGCUCAGAUGAAAAAUUGAAGCCACUUAUGCUUGCUGCACACCAGGACGUUGUUCCAGUCCAAAAAGAUACUUUGAGUGACUGGACGUACCCUCCAUUUGAAGGUCAUUAUGAUGGGGAGUAUGUGUGGGGUCGCGGAUCCUCAGAUUGCAAAAAUGUCUUAUCGGCAAUUUUCGAAGCUUUGGCGCUUUUGAAGAAAAAUAAAUUCAAACCAACCAGAACAAUCGUGCUUGCCUUUGGCAUGGACGAAGAGGUCUCUGGACGGUUAGGUGCUGGCCACAUCGCUCCAUAUCUAGAGAAGACGUUUGGAAAGAAUUCAAUGUAUGCAAUUGUUGAUGAGGGUGCAGGUAUGUCGAUUGAGCCUUCAACUCAAAGAAUAUUUGCUUUGCCCGGUACCCGCGAGAAGGGAUAUCUUGACAUUUCUACCGAGCUUAUCACACCUGGAGGUCAUUCUUCAAUUCCACCUGAGCACACUUCCAUUGGAAUCAUGGCAGAGCUCGAAAAACUCAUUGAAGGCGACCCAUACAAGGCCGUUUUUACUCCUGAGAAUCCAACUUUCGAGUUUUUGCAAUGUUUAGCCGUUCACGGAGGCGACAAAUUAAGCUGGAGAUUACGUAAGUCAAUUUUGCGCUCCGGAUACGACAAAAUUGCCAAUUCCUACGUUAUCAAAUACUUGACCAGCAACAGAGUCACCAAGUAUUUGGUCCAGACAUCUCAAGCCAUGGACAUCAUCAGAGGUGGAGAAAAGAACAAUGCUCUUCCCGAGAGUGUUCAAUUAUUGACAAACCAUAGAGUUGCCAUUGAGUCCACCAUUCAAGAAGUUACCGACAGAUUUGUUUCUCGUGUGCACGCGGUCGCUAAAAAAUUUGAUUUGGGUCUCAAGGUCAAUGGCGAAACCGUCUUGGAGUCUACAAGCAAUGGCCAUUUUUCAGUAAAGGAUGCAGGGCACAGUCUCGAAGUCGCCCCAAAAACCCCAAUUGGAGAUAAAGUAUGGAAGGAAUUAGCUGGCGCCACUAGACAUGUCUACGAGGAUGCAGUCUUCACAAAUCUCACCGAACCCAUUAUCGUUGCACCCGCAAUUAUGACGGGAAAUACCGACACAAGAUACUACUGGAACUUGACACACAAUAUUUUCCGGUACACACCCGUCCUUGCUGGCUUUACCGACUCUCGGAUUCAUAGCGUAGACGAAAGAAUGGGCAUAGACAACCAUUUGCGCCUUAUUGCCUUUUUCUACGAGUAUGUGCAGAUCGUGGACGAGGCAUAA